AUGGAGGGGAAUGUUGAGGUUUUAGACAAAAAAAAAAACGAGGGUUGCAGGCUAGGUAGAAUGCAAGAAGGAGGAGGAGGAGGGUUGCAGGCCAGAAGGAACCGGAAGGUAAGGGAAAGGAGAAAAAAUCAAGGAGGAUUUCGGGCCAGGGAGAGCGCUGGCAGCAUUCAUUGGCUAGGGAUACUGAGCUGUAAUGCUGACUUGACACCACCGUGCCAGGAAAGUUUUUCUCCUGAACUAGACUAUGAGCACAUAUGUGAUCAUGAUGAACGUUCGAUAAUGUCCGAUAGCGAGUCACAUUUUGAGAGUGAACCUAACGCGUUGGAUGGAGAAUCAUUGGACAACCGGUGGGAAAUCGAUAGUGAGGCACUUGACCUUGACAGUGCCAAAAGUGAGGAUGCCGAAUUUGAGGUCAUCGAAGAGAGGACCAAGGCUGCACCUUCCAUCAUGGGGGUAAUGUAA